UUCUUUCGGGUAGGGGUGGGUUCUGGCCACGUGAUCCGCGCCACCCCCCUCCCGAACACAGCCGACUGGCUGCAACUCGCGGCCACAUGCCUAACCUGUCCUGGUGUUCUUGACACGCGCGGCAGGAAUGGAGAUGCCCGGCGGUUGGGCCCGAGGGACCCGAGUGGCGCUCAGCUCUGUGUCCUGCUGAAGCCUUCAGCCUUGGCUUGGGGACUCGGUGGUAACUUGACCGUGUGCACCCGCUGUGCCUUGUCUUCUACACGCACUGGCUUGGGGACUGGGCUGCCGGUUCUGGUGAGGAAGCGAGGAGGGCCACGUUCCUGAACCAGCUGGGCCAGCGUAUGGGUGGAGCCCGGCCCGGCCCGCCCCGUCUGUGGGGACCGUGCUGAAGUGCUGCUCUGCCCCUUGGUCCCAGCCAGGCCCCGCUCCAUCUGCUGUCCUGUGGGGCUCCUGGCACCCGACGGCCCCUGCUGUCCCGGCUCUCCGGGCGCUCGGAAUCAGGGCUGCUCGCCUGUGGGCCUGCGUGCUGCCCCCUCCCUCCCGGUCACACACCUCGGGAAGGCGGCUAAUUAGCAGUUUCUGUUGACGCGUAGUCUCUGUCUGGAGCCGGUCAGGCCCGACGUGGAGCUUUGCUGGGGGUGAGCCCAAGGUGGGCUCCGUGUGUGUGCCGAGUCCAUGCGUGGAGGGCUCUGCUCGGGACCGGGGCGCCCACCCACCGCAGGAUGGGCCGUCCCUCGGGCCGAUGAGGCACGGGAAGCCGUACUUUUCUCCCUCGUGUACCCGGCACCAAGAUGCCCUGUUGCCGGUGGUGCUGGGGCUGUGGCAGCGGCCUCUGUGCCGGGAGGCGCCUCCUGGUGGAUCCGAGUCUCGGGGCCUUGGAAAACCCUUUCUGCCUCUGCCUGGACAAGACGCUAGGCUCCCACCCUCCUGGCCCCCUGCGUCGCUCUGGGGCUGUGUGGACUGCUGCUGGCUCUCUGAGGACACAGUGGCUUGGCGUUCCCAAGAGAGUGCUGUUCUCGGGAGCCCGGGGGGGCCACGUGCGCAGGGGUGUUGCCUCCUUCGGGCAGCCCCCCGAAGGCUGAGCGCCAUCUCAGCCCCUGACGUGUGGAAGGUCAGUGUCAGGCGUGUGAGUGUCGGCCCGCAGGCGGGCGGGCGCCCCUCUGCCGGCCGCGCCCUGGUGCUCAGACCUCUGGGCGCUCUUUUUCAGGCUUUGAAUUGAAGUCCGAGGACAGGACAGUGCACUGGUUUUGCGUGGUACUUGAAUAUCCAGGAUUAAGCAUCCAAGACAGCAUCAGUUUUCAUCUCCCCGCUGGUGUGAGGGUGGAGCUGUCUUGAGGACUGAUUUGGGGACCAGAAGGGAAGCCAUUUCCGGGGGGUGUGGCUCCCAGGUGUGCAGGGAGAACCGGCUGACGCCAUAGACUCUUGCUCAGGAGGACUUCGGGGGGGUCCGGGGAACCGAGCGCGCCGGUACCUCCCUCCCCCGCCCCCGAGUCUAGCUGGGGUGUGUUUGUUACAAACGAAGAGGCAGCAUGGGUACGUUCUUGCGAACUAGGCCCCUGGUCCGCGAGACUGCGUCGGUGCUGUCCCCACUGUCCCUGCUAUCCUAUGGGAUAGCCUCGCUGCCCCCAAAUCCCCAUUUCCUACCCACGUAUCCCCUUUAAACUUGUCCUUGUGCCUCACUUGGCCCUCCCCACGUGUCCACGUGUGGGGUGUGGGCUGGUAGGGCAUGACCUUCACGGUCUCUCCACCUGCUCCACAGCCUGGUCCCUUGGCUGCUGCGGGGGCCUCUGUGCUCCUUUGUGGGGAGGGUACGUUUAGGUUUCCUGAACAAAGAGGUAAAAGCAGCAAGGAGAGCGGUGCCUGGCCGGCUCAGUCAGAAGACCGUGACUCUUGAUCUUGGGGUUGUGAGUUCAAGUCCCACAGUGGGUGUAGAGAUUAUUUAAAAAGCGUAAACUUAAAAUGUGGGUGGGCUCCCUAGCUCCUCAUUUUGGGGAUUGCCACCUCCUCCAGCAGGGUCACCCUCAGUCUGCCUGCUCCGUGUGUCUACAGCACUCACGCGUGGACCCCGAGGAGCUCUUCACCAAGCUUGACCGUAUCGGCAAGGGCUCCUUUGGGGAGGUGUACAAGGGCAUCGACAACCGCACCAAGGAGGUGGUGGCCAUCAAGAUCAUCGACCUGGAGGAGGCCGAGGAUGAGAUCGAGGACAUCCAGCAGGAAAUCACUGUGCUCAGCCAGUGUGACAGUCCCUACAUCACCCGCUACUUCGGCUCCUACCUGAAGGGCACGAAGCUGUGGAUCAUCAUGGAGUAUCUGGGCGGAGGCUCCGCGUUGGACCUGCUGAAACCCGGGCCCCUGGAGGAGACGUACAUCGCCACCAUCCUGCGGGAGAUCCUGAAGGGCCUGGACUACUUGCACUCGGAGCGCAAGAUCCACCGAGACAUCAAAGCCGCCAACGUGCUGCUCUCAGAGCAGGGUGACGUGAAGCUGGCCGACUUUGGUGUGGCGGGGCAGCUCACAGACACACAGAUCAAGAGGAACACGUUUGUGGGCACCCCCUUCUGGAUGGCACCCGAGGUCAUCAAGCAGUCGGCCUACGACUUCAAGGCUGACAUCUGGUCGUUGGGCAUCACGGCCAUCGAGCUGGCCAAGGGCGAGCCUCCGAACUCUGACCUCCACCCCAUGCGUGUCUUGUUCCUGAUUCCCAAGAAUAGCCCGCCCACCCUGGAGGGCCACCACAGCAAGCCUUUCAAGGAGUUUGUGGAAGCCUGCCUCAACAAAGACCCCCGAUUCCGGCCCACUGCCAAGGAGCUGCUGAAGCACAAGUUCAUCACCCGCUACACCAAGAAGACUUCCUUCCUCACUGAGCUCAUUGACCGCUACAAGCGCUGGAAGUCGGAGGGGCACGGCGAGGAGUCCAGCUCCGAGGACUCCGACAUUGACGGAGACACUGAGGAUGGAGAGCAGGGCCCCCUCUGGACGUUCCCCCCCACCAUCCGGCCGAGCCCCCACAGCAAGGUGCACAAGGGCACAGCCCUGCACGGCUCCCAGAAGUCUGCGGAGCCCGCCAAGAGGCAGCCGAGGUCCCAGUGCCUGUCCACGCUGGUCCGGCCUGUCUUUGGAGAGCUCAAGGAGAAGCACAGGCAGAGUGGCGGAGGCGUGGGGGCGCUGGAGGAGCUCGAGAACGCCUUCAGCCUGGCCGAGGAGUCCUGCCCUGGCAUCUCGGACAAGCUGAUGGCGCACCUGGUGGAACGGGUGCAGAGGUUUUCCCACAACAGAAACCACCUGACGUCAUCCCGCUGAAGGCGCUGCUGCUUGAGAAGUGGGGAGAAGGGUCUUUGUGUGGAGCCCCCUGUGCUGUCGUGGCCACGUGGGCCUCACUGCCGGGUCACCGCCCCCCACCCGCGCAGAGGGUCCCUCUUCCACGUCCCCUCCUGGCAGCGGAGCACCGACAGGCGACCACGUGGCACGAGGAGCAGAGACUGUCGGGGCAGCCCUGCCUCCUCCCCUGCCUGGGGCCCACCGAGGCCGCGCCGGGCCCAGGUUUGCUUCGUGUCGCAUUACCGUGUCUCCCAAGGACUCGUUUCGGCCAGGACUGUUUUUUUUUUUUUUUUUUUUUUAAAGAAAAUGAACUUCCUGCUUCCCUAAAUGUUCUGAGGUUAAGGUGUUAGUUUUCAUAGAACAUCGAGAGGCUCGGGCCACUUUCAAUAAAAACCUGAAUCGGA